AAUGGGUUGUCAGAAGUCUUGCAGGGUGGAGAAGCUCCUGAAUCAGUGUCAGAGUGAGGGUGUUGUGAGCCUGAGACAAAGGUUACCUCCAGCAAAGAGGAGCAGUCGGAUGAAAAGCACAGACAAGGUCCAGCUAAGAAAUGAGGUGGUGCCACUGCAGCUCCCUAGUGUACAGCGUUUGGACAACCUUUGUCUUCUAGAGAAUAGCAGCGCAGCCCUGAGCCUCAACGCUGAGACCCUGAGAAGCCAGAGGCUAAAACAGAGGUUACUGGAGACCGAGAUCAGCGCCAAAAGGAAGGAGUGCGAAGCGCUCGAGGCAGAAGUGAAGAAAAAAAAUCAAACAUGUCAGACUUUGGAGAAUGAGAUUCAAGACUUUUUCCAGGAGAAUACACACUUAAGCCUCCAGUUUUUCAACGGCAGUCACAAAUCAUCUGAAUAUGAGAGGGUGAAGUCUGAGUAUGCCCAACUCAAAGAUACGCUUGGUGCUGUGACGCAGGAGAGAGAUUUAGCCCUGUGGGAGAGAAACCAGCUCCAAGGCAAACUGGAGAACCUAGAGCAGGUGCUCAAGCAUAUGCGUGAGGCUGCGGAGCGGAGGCAGCAGCUCGAGUUGGAGCAUGAGCAGGCCUUGGCUGUACUCAAUGCAAAGCAGCAGGAGAUUGACCUGCUUCAGAAGGCUCAGGUUGAGGCUAAAAAAGAACAUGAGGGGGCUGUCCAUCUUUUAGAGAACCACUUGGACAGCAUGCAGGCCAAAGUGCGCGAGCUGGAGGAGAAAUGCCGGAAUCAAAGCGAGCAGUUCAAUCUGCUGUCCAAAGAGCUGGAGAAGUUUCGUCUGCAGGCGGGUUUUGACAUCCUCAGCACUGAACCUUUGACAGUGUGUGAAUCUCCUGGUUCUCCCAACAAGUCACUGUCGCAGCUUCUCAAUGGAUUGGCAGCCCCCAUAGGCAAAGGCAGUGAGACUCCAGCAAGCAGAUCUUUGAUAUCAGAGUUGAUUCGUCCACUCCAAAGCAGUGGGGACAAACCGGAGCUCCUGUCUGUCAAGCCAACAUUUCUAACUCGCAGUCGAGGCAGCAGCACAGCAAGGACGCUUCUCUCUGAGAUGGACAAAGACCUUGGCUCCACCACUAGGUCUAAACCAAGGUUUACAGGAAAGGUCCGUCUGUGUAUAGCUCGCUAUAGUUACAAUCCUUAUGACGGGCCAAAUGAGCAUCCGGAAGCAGAGCUUCCGCUGGUGGCAGGAAAGUACCUCUAUGUUUACGGAACAAUGGAUGAGGAUGGCUUUUAUGAAGGAGAGCUCCUAGAUGGACAACGGGGGCUUGUCCCGUCCAAUUUUGUGGAUUUUAUACAGGAGGACACAGCCUCCGUUCAACACAGGGACUCAGUAGCUAAAGAACCUGGCAACCUCAACCACAGUAGCCUGGGAACUCAAAGACUGGGGGUCAGCAGGGGAAUCGGGACAGGUUUAGGUAGCCUGCUGUCUGACAGUAAACAAAGCUGUCUAAACAGCAGCAGCAGCCUGGGUGUGGACCUCCUGGGUUCUUCAAGCAACGGGACAGGAACCUUAGAUGUCAAUAUUGACGAGGUCGGUGAAAACGUUGUGCCUUAUCCUCGCCGCAUCAACCUGAUUAAACAGCUUGCCAAGAGUAUCAUCAUUGGCUGGGACCCUCCUGUGGUUCCUCCUGGCUGGGGCUCCAUCAGUGGCUACAAUGUCCUGGUGGAUAAGGAAUUACGAAUGAGUGUCCCCUACGGGGGCAGGACUAAGUCCCUUAUUGAGAAACUUAAUCUAGCAACCAACACAUACCGGAUAUCCGUGCAGAGCGUCACCGAGCGAGGCUUGUCAGACGAGCUCCGGUGCACCGUGUUGGUGGGAAAAGAUGUGGUGGUGGCACCUUAUUACCUGCGGGUGGACAACAUCACGCAAAGCUCAGCUGAGCUCUCGUGGAUGCCCAGCAAUAGCAACUACAGUCACACCCUCUUUCUCAAUGGAGCAGAAUACGACAUGAUAAAGGCUGGGGGGUAUAAAUAUCAAUUCUUCAACCUGAAGCCCAUGACGGUUUACAAAGUCAAGGUUGUGGCACAAACGCACCAGGUGCCUUGGCAGCUUCCAAAUGAGCAGAGGGACAAGAGGGAAAUCUCUGUGGAGUUCUGCACUCAACCCGCAGGUCCCCCACUCCCACCACAGGAGGUUCAGGUCCAGUGUGGUCAGACACCCGGGAUUCUGCAGGUUAGAUGGAAGCCCCCACCGCUGACUACAGCUGGUACUUCCAACGGUGCCAGUGUAAUUGGCUAUGCUGUAUGCACAAAGGGACAGAAGAUUGCAGAGGUCUUGUAUCCAACAGCAGAUUAUGUGACAGUGGAAUUAAACAGAAUCCAAUGCCUGGAGGCCAGGGAGGUCAUCGUAAGGACGUUAUCAACACAAGGAGAGUCCCAAGACUCACCCGUGGCCAUCAUCCCGCAUAAUCUAUUAGGCUCUCCUCGUCUCGCUCAUCGAACUACUGGGCUACCACACAGUUUGCCCCACCCGCCGUCCCAUCCGGCUCUCUCCCAAACUCGUCCUCCUUACCCGUCCACAUAUCCCCCAAUUCACCCCCAGCCACAAAUGCAACCUCUGCCCCGAGCCCAGCCCCAUACCUUGCCUUCCCAGUCCAUCUGUCACCCUCCACCCCACACCAACCCUCCAUUCCAACGCCAGCCCGUGCCCAAGUCAAAACCGCUCAUAAGUGCCAGAGAGCCAGAAACCAAAGAGCACGUGGCAAGCAUGCGGCCCGGCCCGCCCUGGGAACGCUCUCCAUCUCCGCUGCCUCCCAUGCGCGGACCCAACCUGGAGCCACCACCCUUCCAGACACGGCGAUCGCCCUCUCCUCAGAGGAUAUUGCCGCAGCCUCAGGGAGUCCCCAUCCCCAACACCAUCGCCAAGGCCAUGGCCAGGGAAGCCGCUCAGAGGGUGUUUGCUGAAGGCAACAGGGUGGAGAAGAGGAACAUCUUCAGUGAGCGUGGUAACGCCCUGCACCCACUUAACUCUGAUGAGGAGGAGGACGGUUAUGAUUCUCCUCAUGCAAGAAGAAGAGGUGCAUCGGUGGAUGAAUUUCUUCGAGGUUCCGAGCUGGGAAGACAGCACCAUUAUCAUCAUCCCCACCACUACAGCCACAGUGAGGAGUACUACACAGAGAGCAGCCGGGGAUCCGAUUUGUCCGACAUUAUGGAGGAGGACGAGGAAGAUCUCUAUUCUGAGAUGCAAUUAGAAGAGGGCCGCAGGAGAAGCAUCAACUCUCACAACUCUCUAAAGGCAUACUACAAACGUCAGGACCUCGCUGAGGAACGAGACUGCUGGGACCUCCAGAGGGAGGUGGUGAAGCAGAAGUCACUCCGAAGCAAGCGUCUGCACAGCAUCCCAGAGGUGGAGGAAGAGACCGACGGUGUGGACAACAUGGGCCAGCGCCUGCGUUUCGAGGAAGGCGGUCGGCCGGGAACGCCGCGCACUAGCAGGAGGAUGUAUGGCCACGAAGGUCACAGGCACCAUCGCUUCCGACAUUUGCAGCGCCAGCGGUCUUCGCCUCGAUUCGCUGAUAUCCGCUACUACUACAACGCGGACGACCGCAUCCCUGUUCGGCCCAACCGCCAGAACACCAAGAGUCCUGACAGUGGCCUGGACUGCGGAAGUGAGGAAGAGGGAUCCCUGGGUAGAGGUCAUCGAGGUUACUACACCCACGGAGCUCCCAUGCGCAUCAUCCAUUGUGAAGGUCCGGUAGAAAGACGAGCGCUGGCCAUGGGCCGGAAAAGAACUCUGACCCGGCAGUGCAGCGUGGACGGGGAUUUUGCUGACAUCACCACAGCCAAGUCGGUCCACACUGGUGACUUUAAAAACCGGGAACACUUUGGGCCACGGAACUAUUCCCGGGAUGGGGCCUUGAGUGAGGGCAGGCUGAACGAGAUGGACAGAGUCUAUUACAGUCCUCACAGGGAGGCUAAGGCACAGUCUUUGUCCAGGCUCCACUGGGACCAGUCGCUGCUCAUUGGAAACCCUCCAUCCCACGGAAAUGCUGACCGUCUGGACCAUUCGGGACGGCGGCCGGUUCACAUUGGCACUCCCCCCCAGCGAAGGCCCAUCCCAUCCAUUGAGAUCACCAUGGACAGUAACAGUGAGGGGAGUGAGGGGAACCUCUCACCUGUCAAGGAGGAUGUUUACUAUGGCAAUGUAGCUCGGCGAAGGAUAUGGCCAUCUAUGUCCUCAGAGGAUCAAUAUGACAGGUACGGCGGGCGCAGGCAUGGACGUGGACGGCGCUCGCUGGAUUACUUUGAGGAAUCAGAAGCCGACGAGCUAACCCGUGUCUUUGUGGCCCUCUUCGACUAUGACCCGCUGUCCAUGUCGCCCAAUCCUGACGCUGCUGACGAGGAACUUCCAUUCAAAGAAGGCCAGGUCAUCAAGGUGUUUGGAAACAAAGACACUGAUGGCUUCUACAGAGCAGAAAUCAGAGACCGAGUGGGUUUGAUUCCUUGUAACAUGGUCUCUGAAAUCCAAACAGAGGAUGGCAAUAUGAUGGGCCAACUUCUUAAACAGGGCUUUCUCCCACUCAACACUCCAGUAGAGAAGUUAGUAAACUGUGAUCGUUUCAAAGAUGGACGAGCAAUAAAUCGCAGGUCCAGAAAGUCCAAGCGAGAGAGGAACCGACGCAGUGGCCGCCAGCACGCCAUGUCAACACGCAGAAUGGUGGCCCUGUAUGACUACGACCCAAGAGAGAGUUCUCCAAACAUUGACAUUGAGUAUGAGGGCAACAGACUAGAUGACGAGGCUGAGUUGACUUUCUGUGCUGGGGAUGUCAUCACAGUUUUUGGGGAAAUAGAUGAAGAUGGAUUUUAUUAUGGUGAGCUCAACGGACACAACGGACUUGUUCCCUCCAACUUUCUCGAAGAAGUGCCUGAUGAUGUCGAGGUUUUUCUCACGGACUCCCCAUCUCGAUACCCACAGGACACUCCCACACGGAUAAAGACCAAAAGGGUUCCGUGGGACAAAUGUGGUCCGCCCAGAAGAGCAGGCUCCCCCAAAGUGCAUCCAUACAUUCUCAGUCCCAUCAGGGUUCCACUGGACAUGUACGCCUUCAAAAAGACAAAGGGACAACUCUCAGAAGGGAAGAAACUUUUGCUUGGCACUCCCAAUGGAACACUUGAUCCAUUUGACAGUGGUUGGGUGGCAUAUAGAAUAUAACAGCUUACUAUCCACAAUGGAUUUCCUAUCAAAUAAGCACACAUCCAAGCAAAGGGUUUCUGUAGCCACCUCCACCUUUCUUAGGUCAAACCUUCAUAUAUUUGCCUUAGAAUCAGGUUUUACUUAUUUUGAAGCCACUUACACGCAAACUUGUCAUUUUUGUCUGUAAAAAAACAUUUGGCAAUCCAUUGUAAAUUUCCUUAUCCUAUUAAAAUCAGAUUUUACAUAUGGCAUAUUUAAAUAACUUCCAGAGGGGAAAAUAGACUCAAGUAGGCCUAUGGGAAAGACUUGAAAGCUGAUUGACAUUCCCCUGACUAAAGACUACCUCUUUGCAGCUCUUCUCCCCAACUCAUCGGAAAAUGUUUGAUCACAAGACUUGAUAUGAUGGUGCAAGUUUCAAGUACUGUAAAUCUAUAUAUAGCCACACUCCUACUGUCUGUAGUGAAUGUAUGUUCCAUUAAAAGCCACUGUAUUUAACCACCCCCAACAAAGCAAUUACCAUGUUGGCAUUAAAGCCUUGUUCUACCUGAAGGCAUCAAAAGGGACACGCCCACUGACAAAUACCGUUAACUGCCAAACGCAAAAUCAAAUGUAUGCAAAACAUUCUGAAAAAUGACGUCAUAUCAACCUACAAGUAGUUUCCUUAGUGCACAUGGCUUCCAAUCAUUUUUGUGUGACUGUUGCUCUUUUGUAAUUGAUUUAUAAAUGUUUGUACUUGAUUUUCAAACUGCCUUUUUUUGUACAUUCACUUUAUAUUUAUGCAGUGCAAGCGUUUCCCAUGGUGUCUUGAAGACCUUUUAGUUUGCGAUGUGAGCUAGCUUUAUUAAAUUAAUAAUCAGCCUAUAUUGAUGGAUUCAAACUACUGUGUGGGUGCAUGUGCAAUAUUUUCUAAAUAAAUUUGAUAUUUUGUAACAUUUGCUUUUUUAUUGUGAACAACGAGCAUUUUUAGAUAACAAAACGAACUGGCUGACAACAAAAAACGCAGGUUAUUAACUAACAAAUUUAACUUGUUAACCAUUUGACAGCCAACAAACAUCCUUCUGCCCUACAAAUAGAAAAGAAGGUCAUCCAGAUCCAUGUGGGGCUCCUUAUGAAGGCUUUGACCCACAAGGAAGGCCAACUUGUGGGCAUACUGACAGGGAGCAGGGACUGCAAUGAUUCCCUAAAAUGAGAAAUUUGUAAAUUGCGACGUGCUUAAGAAAGCAAAUUGUAUAUUACACUUCAUUACUGAUGGAAAGUUUAGUCUCAGCUAGCACUCAUUCAGUACAAUUAAAUUUUAGGAAUUAUGGUAUUUUUUGGACUAUAAGUUGUACCUGAGUACAAGUCACCGGGCCAACAUUAUGUUUGUGAGAAAAAAAAAAAAAAAAAAAAAAAAGUAAUAUAUAGUCUAAAAUCUAAGAUACCUGAAAUUAACUAGUACCCUGUAAUCUGCUGCUUAUUUGUUGAAUGGUGCAUAACAUGAACAACUGCAUGCAAUACAAAAGUCAAAAGGUGACUUGCCUGCCAGUUGUAGUACAUGUGGCACAGCUUGUAGGUGAGCCGCUGCAUAUGGUCGGGCUUGAGUCCACUGGUGUCGUACACAACAUUGUAGUGCGUAGGAGAGACACUUCCUAAAUUGGUUGCCUGGCUCACAAUGUAGAAGUCAUACCUGACAAAUUAAAGAUCAAAAUCAUUAAUCUAUUUUAGUUAAAAACUUC